GCUGUCUGGAGGGCAGCCGAGUCACGGAUACAGGGCUGGAAAAUUCCCCAUCGGCGGCCGAUUUCGUCCGUCAAGCGCGACGUCAUGACGACACCAGACAGGAAUUGCUGUCUGGAACAUCACGACGCGGUUCCUGCAGAAUUUGCAACUACAAACUGGUGACUCCCACGGCCACGCCAUAGAAAAGUUGACAGGGGUGGUGGUGGUGGUGGUUGUCGUUGCUGCUGUUCGUGACGGCGAGCGCAGGGUAGCGGUGCCCAAGUUCACGACACCCUUUGGCGGCUGACGCCACUGGCGCAACCCAUCCCUGACCCGGCGGCGUCCAGCGACAAGCCCGACUCGUUAGAUUGUUUUCCUCUGCAGCGGCGUCGUUCAGCCACAGGACAGGAGCGGUGCAGGUGCAAAUGCCAAGCGGCCCGCAGCACGAGUCGGCGGGACCUUCGGACGGGAAGGUCGCGAUGCUUGCCCGCCAUGGACGACCAUCGUCGCCAUCGUCAUCAUCGGCCGCCUUUCUAUAAGUAAGGCAGGAGGGGACCCGGCUGGAAUCUCAGAGACCAUCUUCAUCAUUAUCAACACCAUCACCACCACCACACUGCUCACCAGUUGCGCAAAGCAUCCAUCCUCCUCCAUCAACUAUAUCCCGACCACCCACCAGCCGAUGCGAUCCUUCCUCUCCCUCAGACAGACCCGAGCCGCCUUCCACCAGAUCCAACGCGCCAACAUGACCAUCACCCAGCUGCCCAAGCGGAUCCGCGCCGUCCUGCAGCCGGACCCCAAGACCGACGCCCUCGUCCUCGGCGAGACGGACCUGCCCGUGCCCAAGCCGGGCGACACCGAGGAGCACCUCGUCCAGAUCAAGGGCACGGCCCCCUGCCUCAGCGAGCUGUCGUGGGAGCGCAACUUCCCCGACGUCUUCGACACGGGCCGCGAGCGCGUCCCCGGCACCGAGGGCGCCGGCAUCGUCGUCACCUCACCCGCCGGCUCGCCCUUCAAGCCCGGCGACGAGGUCUACUUCCGCAACAACGCCAACCGCCGCGGCUGCCUCAGCGACUACACCCUCAUCACCAAGAGCAGCCUGGCCCUCAAGCCCAAGACCCAGUCCUGGGUCGAGGCGUCGUGCACGCCCCUCAGCUCCCUGACCGCCUACCAGGCCCUGUUUGAGCACGGCGGGCUCGACCCCCGCGCCAUCUCCACGCAGGACGCCGACCCCAAGGCCCGCGAGGCCAACGCCAAGCGCCGCGUCCUCAUCACCGCCGCCGGCGGCAGCGUUGGCGGCUGGGCCGUCACCCUCGCCUCGGCCGCCGGCGCCGGCGCCGUCAUCGCCGUCUCCGGCCCGCACGGCAAGGACGAGGUGCUCAAGGCCGGCGCCACCGAGAUCGUCGACUACACCCAACAGUCGGUCGAUCAGUGGGCCGCCCAGGACCCCUCGCGCCAGUGCGACCUGGUCUUCGACUGCGUCGGCGGGAGCUCCCUCGCCGGCUGCUGGGCGGCCGUCAAGGACGGUGGCAUCCUGCUCAGCGUCUCCGACUCGCCCGACCGCGUCCGGCCCGAGUCGGCCGCCGACAAGAAGCCCGUCGUCGCCAAGUGGUUCCUCGUCGACCCCCGCGGCAGCGACCUGAGCGAGAUCACCAAAAUUGUCGACGCCGGCAUGGGCAAACCCCAGAUUGACAGCGCCGUCCCUUUCGAAGACUUUCAGAAGGCAUACGAGAAGGUCGACGGGCGCAAGGCCAGGGGCAAGGUGGUGAUUAAGGUGACGGACACGGAGUAAUUGCUUGACGGAUGGAGGAACGCGAUGAAGAAUCAAUGGGCCACAGAAAAGGGAGCGGGCGCAAUGAAGAGCAGUCCUGCGGCGCGCCAAUUGGAUGCCCCGGAGCUUGAAUUGAAAUAUCUAGCGACGCCAAUUAAUGCAAGCAAAUCAUCUAAUGAAAACUAU